AUGGGUCGACUCUCCGAUGCCGCCACUUCGGCCUACAAGUCAGUGAGGGGCCUCUUCGUGGGCAAGACACAUAAGUACAGCACCAUCCCGGAGGAUGAGGACAGAGCAGGCACCGAGACGGAGUACGAGCCCUACCGGCGUCAACCGAAGCCUACACUUGCCUUGCUCAUUCUGGGUGCCAUGUCUUUCGCGGCUCUCCUCACCUUGGUCGCUGGCUUCAGCCUUGUCAGCGGCCAGAAGCCGGACAACGCCACUGGUGAGGUCUCUCAGUUCUGGGGCCAGUACUCUCCCUUCUUCUCGGUGCCGUCCGAGAUCAGCGCCGCCACCCCCGACGGAUGUACCAUCACCUUCGCGCAGGUGCUUCACCGACACGGCGCUCGGGACCCCACCUCCGGCAAGACGGCCACCUACAAGGCACUCGUCGACCGCAUCCACCAAACCGCCACUCAGUACGGAAAGGGCUUUGAGUUCAUCAAGGACUACCAGUACACUCUCGGUGCUGAUGAGCUCACUCCUUUCGGCCAGCGCGAGCUUGUCGAGUCGGGAGAGGCCUUCUACAAACGCUACCAGUCUCUGGCCGCCAGCGCUGACCCGUUCAUAAGAUCAUCGGGCCAGAACCGCGUCGUCGAGUCUGGUCUCAACUGGACUUCUGGCUUCUUUGGAGCCAAGAUUCAAGAUGGUCACAAUGGGCCUGAUGGAGGAAUCAACUCACAGAUCAUGGUCAUUCCUGAGCAGGAGGGCUUCAACAACACGUUGGACCACAGCCUUUGCACGGCUUUCGAGUCAGGCAACUUCUCCAAGGUCGGGGAUGACGCUCAGGUUGACUGGCGCAACACCUUCACAGCCCCUAUUGUGAGCCGUUUGAACACGAACCUGCCUGGAGUCAACUUCACAUCCGAGGACGCUGUCAGCUUCAUGCAGCUGUGCCCAUUCAACACUGUGGUUAACGGCACACAGUCUCAGUUCUGCGACCUCUUCACGUUGGACGAGUGGAAGGACCUCGAGUACUACGAGACCCUGGGCAAGUACUACGGCUUCAACGCGGGCAACCCUAUGGGUCCGACGCAGGGUGUCGGCUUCACCAACGAGCUGCUCGCGCGAUUGACGAAGCAGCCCGUCGUGGAUCACACGUCGACCAACUCGACUCUCGACGCCGACCCCGUGUCGUUCCCGCUCGACAAGGUGCUCUACGCCGACUUCAGUCACGACAACGACAUGAUGAGCAUCUACGGGGCGCUCGGGCUCUACAACUCGACGGCGCCGCUGGACAAGACGAAGCGGACUUCGGUGCAGGAUGCAAAGGGCUUUACGGCCAGCUGGACGGUGCCCUUUGCAGCACGCAUGUACGUUGAAAAGAUGAAGUGCGGAUCGGACGAGGAGCUGGUUCGGAUCCUGGUCAACGACAGAGUGGUGCCGCUCAACGGUUGCGGCGCAGACGACCUGGGACGAUGCAAGCUGGACGCUUUUGUCAACAGCCAGACGUUCGCGAAGAGCGGCGGACUCUGGGACCAAUGUUUCGUGUGA